CUCACCUGAAGAGUGGAGCCGUCCUUUGACCCUAGUGUGCUUGGCACCUUCAGGCCCUCUUUCAUGAAGAGCCACGAGCUCAGCUCGUUCUGCAAUGCCCCAAUGCCAGGACCGAGUGUCCCGUCGGCACCAAUUGCGAAUUGCAGUUGCGUUAUGCUGCUUCAUCUCCUACGAGUCUAGCGCCAGAAUGGGGCUGGACGUCUGCAAUGUGCCUGGCCAUUUGGCAUCAUCUGCGGCAAGACCCUGGGCGCCUCAAGAGCUCUCCCCUCGAUUUAUAAGUUGGCCUGCCUUUCUCGGUUUAUGACUUUCCUUCCUCUUCUAUUUUCUCCUUGGCUCUCACCAUCGCCAUGGCACAGAAACACGGCGGCGUGGUCGUUGACGAGGACGCGGCGCACGUGACCUCCGUCCUGGCGCAGCAUCAUGAACAUGCGCUUGUCGAUGACAUAACCGACCUAGAUGCUACCGCUCUCGCAGCCCUGGGAUACAAACAGGAAUUCAAGAGAGACUUUUCGGUAUUGGAGUCCUUCUCCGUGGCCUUCUCGAUCCUAGGGCUGCUGCCGUCCAUUGCGUCAACACUGACAUACUGUCUGGGAUACGCCGGUACGGGCGGCUCAGUCUGGGGCUACCUUAUCUCGGGGAUCAUGAUCCAAGCCACAGCAUUCAGCAUGGCAGAGUUGUGUAGCUCGAUGCCCACCGCAGGAGGUUUGUACUACGCCGCGGCAGUCCUGGCCCCCGAGGGUUGGGGGCCUUUGUGUGCCUGGACCGUCGGUUGGUCCAACUUGUUUGGAUUUGUAUCUGGCCCAUGCAGCGUCAACUACGCCUUGGCUUCGAUGUUGGUGACAGCUGGUGAGAUCGCGUAUCCCAGCUAUACGGCGCAGAACUGGCACAUUUUCCUGAUCCUGCUCGGAAUCCUGGUGCUCCAGGGCAUCAUCGCAAUGCAGCCGACAAAGGUCAUCGGUCGUGUAAAUGUCGUGGGUACAAUCUGGAAUCUGGCCAUCAUUGUCAUCUUCGUCAUCUGGUUUCCUGUGGGUGCCAUCAACAACCCCAAGUUCAACGAUAACGAGUAUGUCUGGACGAAAUUUCAGAACGGUACGCAGUGGCCGAUUGGGUGGGCGACGAUUAUGGGCUUUCUCACCGCGAUUUGGACCAUGUCGGGCUACGACGCUCCAUUCCAUCUCUCCGAAGAGUGCAAGAAUGCCAACAAAGCCGGCCCGCGUGCUAUUGUGAUGACCUCGGGGUUGGGAUUGACCUUGGGCUGGGCAAUCAUGCUCGUCAUCGUGUAUACGGUCAAGGACAUUCCCAGCGUCGUUGGUGGCCAAUACGGCCAGCCAUUUGGCAGCCUCUGUCUUCAAGUGCUCGGGAGGAACGCAGGAUUGGCCAUGUUUUCCCUCAACAUGAUUGCCCAGUUCUUCGUUGGCCAAGGAUGUACGAUUGCAGCCAGCAGGAUCAUCUUUGCUUACUCGCGUGACGGAGCGAUUGUAGGGAGCCGAUAUUGGAGUCGCGUGGACAAGCGCACGCAAACCCCGGUGUUCGCCACGUGGGGAGUGCUGGGGUUUGGCGCAUUGUUAGGCCUGCUGAUCUUCGCUGGGCCGGUCGCCAUUGGUGCUGUGUUCAGCAUUGGCGCCAUCGGCCAGUACACCUCCUUCACGAUGCCCAUAUUCCUCAAGCUCUUCUUUAGUCACGGCAGAUUCAAGCCAGGCCCGUGGAAUCUUGGCAAGCUAUCUCGCCCGAUCAACGCGGUGGCGGUCGCGUGGUGGUUGUUGAUUGUACCGGCGCUUUGUUUCCCUUCGGUGAAGGGCAAGGCACUCACUUUGGAUUACAUGAACUGGACGUGUUUGAUUUACGGCGGGAGCAUGUUCCUCGUGCUCUGCUACUACGCCAUCGACGCGAGGAAGUGGUUCCGCGGUCCGAGGAUCAAUAUCGAUCAUAUCCACGAAGGACAGGAGCCGCGGCUUGACUCGCGCGGCAGUGAGGAGAUUGUCGAGGCGAAGAAGGAGUGAUGGCUUUCGGGGGCGCCGUCUUCGUAAGCAGACUCUGAGAUUGUCCGCGGGCGAGACUCGACUGGGUCGCAGAUGGCUUCUGAUCUUGGGACACAUAGAUGGGCGGAUUACACGCUCUCCGCGCUUUGAUCGCACAUCAGGACAUAUGGUUUAAGCAAACGCCAACCUUGGCAUCAAAAGCUUGGGCUGAGACGAUUCCCUAUACAUAUCUAGCCACAGUCGAUCCUGCCUUGCGCUGCUAAGGACAAUUAUCCGUACUCGGU